AUGCCCCAUGAAAUCACCUCACAUGUCAUUGCUAGUUCUGGAUUGCAAUUUAGAGCCUAUCUAUCUAUCUAUCUAUCUAUCUAUCUCGGCCUGUUUAUAUCUAUGUAUCCAUCUCUCUAUGUCGGCCUGUUCAUAUCUAUCUAUCUAUCUAUCUAUCUAUCUAUCUAUCUAUCUAUCUAUCGCGGCCUGUUUAUAUCUAUGUAUCAAUCUCUCUAUGUCGGCCUGUUCAUAUCUAUCUAUCUAUCUAUCUAUCUAUCUAUCUAUCUAUCUAUCUAUCUAUCUAUCUAUCUAAUGAUCGCGGCCUGUUCAUAUCUAUCUAUCUAUCUAUCUAUCUAUCUAUCUAUCUAUCUAUCUAUGUUAGCAUGUUAUUUAUCUGUCGAUCGAUCGAUUGAUCGCGGCCUGUUCAUAUCUAUCUAUCUAUCUAUCUAUCUAUCUAUCUAUCUAUCUAUCUAUCGCGGCCUCCUGUUCAUAUAUCUAUCUAUCUAUCUAUCUAUCUAUCUAUCUAUGUUAGCAUGUUAUUUAUCUAUCGAUCGAUCGAUUGAUCGCGGCCUGUUCAUAUCUAUCUAUCUAUCUAUCUAUCUAUCUAUCUAUCUAUCUAUCUAUCGCGGUCUGUUUAUAUCUAUGUAUCCAUUUCUCUAUGUCGGUCUGUUCAUAUCUAUCUAUCUAUCUAUCUAUCUAUCUAUCUAUCUAUCUAUCUAUCUAUGUCUAUAUUAUUUAUUGUUCCUUUCUUUUUUUCCUUUUUUUUUUCUUUGCAGACAUCGUGGCUCUGUAUAUUUAAGUCCUUUCUACUCCUUUCUCCUUUUCUCGUCUCCCUUUUCGUUCUUUCUAUGCAAUUGUUUUCUUUAUUCUUCUGAUUUUCUUCACUCUCUCUUUAACCAAUUUCUUCCUCGCCUCUUUUAUUUUUUCUUUCAUCUCAUAUUACCCGCCUCUUUAAAACUUUUCUCCUUCGUCAGACCUCUGAUUGUCAUCAGAACCAUUACAUUUUUUUUUCUCUUUCACUUGCUUCGACUUGCUCUUCCUUUCUUAAUAUUCUCCAUCCUUUUUUCAUUCUCCCACGCAAUUCCUUCAUUUUUCACCUUUUUCUAUUUCUUCCUUUCUCUAACCUUUUGA